UCAAGGAUUGUCCUCGAAAGGAGAGGAACUACUUCUGUAUGUGUGUGAGGAAUGAGUGUGUGUGUUGUGUUUGCUUAUGUUGAUGUUUAAGGUCAUUUUUUUCACCUUGUACACAGAGGACAUAAUAACAAUCCACCGCCAUGAGUCGGACCACCUUCUUUGAGGUGAAGGUCCUGGAUGCCAAGACCAAAGAGCAGCUCUGUUUUUUAGAUAAGGUGGAGCCCUACUCAACAAUAGGAGACAUCAAGAGCCUUUUUCACAAAUCAUAUCCUCACUGGUAUCCAGCAAGACAGGCCCUGAAGCUUGAUCCCAAGGAAAAAUCACUCAGAGACAAUGAAAUCUUACAGAAUCUACCUGUUGGGACUACUGCCACCAUGUACUUCAGAGAUCUUGGUCCACAGUUAGGUUGGACUGUGGUGUUUCUGGCAGAGUGCAUUGGGCCCCUUCUCACCUACCUCCUCUUCUAUUUUCGAGUACCAUACAUUUACCCACACAGAUAUUCCUUUACCUCCAGUCCCCAUCCUGUUGUCACACAAGCCUGUGCCUGUCAUACCUUCCACUAUGUGAAGAGGUUGAUAGAGACUAUCUUUGUGCAUCGUUUCUCCCAUGGGACCAUGCCUCUCAGGACAAUAGUCAGGAAUUGUGCCUAUUACUGGGGUUUCUCAGCUUGGUUGGCCUACUAUAUCAACCACCCUCUCUAUACACCUCCAUCAUAUGGAGAACUACAAGUCAACUAUGCAUUAUUCAUGUUUGUGAUGUGUGAACUGGGCAACUUCUCCAUUCACUUGACUCUUAAUAAUCUCAGAGGGGAUGGAUCCAGGGGCAGAAGGUUUCCUAUGCCAACUAAAAACCCCUUCACAUGGCUAUUUUUCUUUGUAUCCUGUCCAAAUUACACUUAUGAGGUUGGAGCUUGGGUGGGCUUUUCCAUCAUGACCCAGUGUCUGCCAGUGACAUUGUAUACAUUAUUGGGGUUCAUUCAGAUGACCAUCUGGGCCAAAGGGAAGCACAGAGCCUACAGCAGGGAGUUCAAGGACUAUCCCAGCUUCCGGAUGGCCAUUAUCCCUCUGAUUCUCUGAUAGUGAUCGAAAUAUGAAGUAUUGUAGCAUUUAAGGGGUGUAUAUUCACUUAUUGUCACUAAGUAAGGAAGUUUGUUGCUGCUGAGUCCAGCACUAUGCAAGUUUUUUAUAUCAAUGAAUAAACUGAAAGGAGUGAGAAUGGGAGCAAUAAUAUUAUGGCAAUAUACUGGAGCAUUUAAAAAUAGUUUGUAACAUUUGAAUUGUCUGUUCAGUUUCAACAAUGGAUAUCAGUUUCUUCCUAGGAGCCUAGGAGUAUGAUUUGGCAUUGUGAUAUGAAGUUAAUAAUGAGAUUAGAUAAAUCUUCAUUGCUGUCAUAUUCUCUAUGCUGUGUUAACAUUGGUUACUCAUAAUCAUUGGAUUUUUGCGUAUUUGGCUCCUUCAGGACUUGACUAGAAGUUGAAAAAUGGCACGUUUACAUUUUUAGCAACCCUUGUUCAAACUAGUGAGUAGUUCUCACUGCAAGCUGGCUUAUUAGCCCACAGGUUGUGUUACUUCUUUUCAAUGAUGAAUGCUUACAGCACUAAUAAAGUUUUCAGUUUAAGUGAAAGAAAUCAAACAUGCUCUAGCUCAUAAUAAAGUGCCUGUGGAAGCAAAUUAACAUAAUAAAAUUGAAAAUGUCAUGGCAUCCAUUUGAGAGUGCAACAUCACUUUUAAACUCUCAGGAGGAAUGCCAAUAAAGCAGACAUUUAAUCAUGCUAAUAUUAAGCUUCUCCACUGUAUCUCUCAGAUUGUUUUCUUCAGAGAAAUGAAAACUGUACUGUAGAAGUGUAACUUCUGGCAUUAUCACUGACUAUUGGGCAGUCAGUGAUAACUGCUCUGGUUCUCUAGCCCUUACUGUCUAAUCUCAGGUUCUAUUAAACUGUUGAAUGGGAAUGUGAGUAAUCUCAAGCAAUAGCAAUUUUAGUGUAAAACAAAUCAAACAGGAUGUCUGAAAAAAAAGGUCCACAUAUCUUAAGGAAAAAUGUAACUUUAUUUGACAUAAUGCUCUUUUCAGAAACAUCAAUUUGUGACAUUGUGUUAACUUCCUCUAAUGACAGUUUACCAGAGUCGCACACAUACAUGAUAAAGCGCACAGAUUGAACAAGACAUGGUGGCAUCAAAAUAUCACAUGACAUAGAAAUUAAUUUCAUAGCAGCAAGAGGAUUUUGUAAAAAUGAUUAGCUGUAUUGCACUAGCAGAUUUUUUUAGCAGAUUUCCAAACAGAAUUGUGAUGCUUCAAUUAAAGCUGCAUCAAUAAAGUGCUAAGACUAUG